GUGUGUGUACGUGACUGACUCUUCGUGCGUAAAAGCUUAGUUGUUUUGUUCGCAAACUCGCAAUUUUCCCCUCAUUUUGUUUGAGAUGAACUAAAAAAAUGGCUUCUUCAAAAGAUACAGGGAGGAGCUUGCGUGCCAAAGCAAGACGCCACUAUAAUGAAGGGGAGCACCAAGACGAUGAAAUUGAAGGAAAACGAACUUGGAACCUUGAGGAAAAACUCACCAGCGAAAGAUUCACCAACAAAUGGGUGAAAAUAAUGCAAGGACAAGAGUUUACUAUGAAGUUCUUACAAGAAGGCGGCUUUGAUACGCCCAUGCUCUUUAAGAGCACUGAAGAUUUAGGAAUCAAGAUACCAGGCAAGGACUUCACUGUGAAUGAUGUUAAACAACAUGUGGGGAGUCGAAGACAAGUGGAUGUGAUGGACGUAAACACACAGAAAGGAGUUGAGAUGAGCAUGGCACAGUUUGCCAAGUACUAUGAAAACAAAGAGAGAGAGAAUCUCUACAACGUCAUCAGUCUGGAGUUCAGUAAGACCAAGCUGGAGGACUUUGUACAAGCCCCAAGUAUUGUGAGGCAAAUAGACUGGGUGGAUAUUGUUUGGCCGAGACAUUUAAAAAAGGAUCAACGUGACAGCACCAAUACACUGGCUGAAAUGAAGUACCCCAAAGUGCAGAAGUACUGCUUGAUGAGUGUGGCAGGGUGCUAUACAGAUUUCCACGUUGACUUUGGCGGCACAUCAGUCUGGUACCAUAUUCUACAUGGGAAAAAGGUGUUUUGGUUGAUUCCCCCGAGUGAAGACAACUUAGAGCUUUAUGAGAAUUGGGUUUUAUCCGGCAAGCAGUCUGAUAUAUUCCUCGGCGAUAGAGUGAAGGAAUGUACCAAGAUCGUUCUGGAAGCUGGAUACACAUUCAUGAUUCCCAGUGGAUGGAUCCACGCUGUGUACACUCCAGCGGAUUCCUUGGUGUUCGGUGGCAAUAUUCUACACAGCUUCCACAUUCAUCGACAACUACGAGUGGCACAGAUUGAAGACAGGACUCAUGUACCCUUCAAGUUUCGCUACCCUUUCUUUUGGGAGAUGAACUGGUUUGCGCUUGAGCGUUACGUCCACACCCUGACGGGGAAGUCCUUUCUUGCGAAAGCCAAGGUAGAUAAGAGAAAAAGCUUAACAUCUGUGGAGAAGUCCGAUGAAGAGGCGAGUGAGUCGCAGGUCAUCAAAAAGGAGAAAAUUGAUGAUGAAACAGACGGGGUUGAUUCCAAGGAGAGACUCGAUGGUGCAAACUCAAUCUCAGACACAAGUGACGUUUAUGAGUCGUCGCAUGGCGUCAUGGGAAAUGCUCCAAAAGUUCAGGUCAAAGAGGAAAAUGACGUCGCAUCACCAGAAUCAGACAACACGGAAGAAAUGGACUUUCACGAAACAGAGACUGAGAUCAUCGUUGAUAAGAAACCCGAUCCAUUGACGGAUUUCACAAAUAGCGGUAGUAGCGAGACAAUGUCGAAUGGAGACCACAAACCAAACUGUCUCCAAAGAUCCCUCUCCAAAGACGGCUCGUGUACAUCAAACUCAGACACUGUGAAAGUCAAAAGAGAACCCGUCAACGAGGGAUACUCGGACCGUCAAUGCCCUGAAAUUAAACAAGAACGCGAAAACGACGAGGGCACGUCAGGGGACACCUCGAGAAAGCAGCAUGUUCAUUUGUGUCGUCACGAGUUAAUCGGACUGCGAGUUCUACAUCACCAACUUGAAAAUCUUCCCCAAGGCAAGAGGAAUGUCCCGGAGCUGAUCACUGACCCGGAUUCCCUUCUUCAGAGCGCAAAGGAAAUGUUAGCAGAGCAUCUUGAAGAUUGCCAAGAGGGAGCCGUGACAGGGUUACCUGUGCUAAAAUGCCCCAAGUCCAACGUUACAAGAGUACCUAAGGCACUGAAGUGUAAGGCAUCUCUUGGCUAUCGUCCGGUCGGUGCUAAGCGUCUAGCUAGCGGCAUGAGGAGGAGGAGAACACGAUGCAAAAAAUGUGACAACUGCACCAGCGAUGACUGUCGACAAUGUCACUACUGUAAAGACAUGAAGAAGUAUGGGGGUCCAGGUCGCAUGAAACAGUCAUGUGUGGCUCGGCAGUGUCUGUAUCCCAUGUUGCCCCAUAAUGCAUUAUGCGUCAUCUGCACCAAAGAGGAUCGCCCGGGGUCAUCAGAGGUCAAAGGUAAUCCAGAGGUCAGCUCGCUAAUGGAAUGCCAUCAGUGUAACGAAAUUGUUCACCCAGAGUGUCUGACGGAGCAGAAGGCGCUCGAGGUGGACGGUGUCAUCAACGAAGAUCUGGCCAACAGUUGGGAAUGCCCCAAGUGUGUGGCCAAGAAAGACACGCAGGAUGAGAAUACGGAGGACAUCACUGCAAUCAAAAAGAGAAAGGAUAGUAGCAGUAGCGGAGUCAAAAGUCAACCGAAAAGAGGUCGGCCACCACUGAAGAGUACAGAAGUCAAGCCAAGCAGUCUGUUCAGUAAGAGUAUGACUCUGCGGGGUAUUGGAGGAUACAGUAGCGCUCUGAGGUUCUACAGACCGGGGCGAGGUCGUGGAGGCACUCGACAGCAGCUUCUGGCCAAACAGAAGGUUCUCCAAGCUAAGAUACACAGCAUGAGGGGUAAGAAACGGCGUAUUACCCAGGAAGCUAGGGAGUUGCGUCAGUCUCCUUUGACUACCAACCCCGAUAAUGAAGAGAAUGAAGAGAAUGAACAAAUAGUCAUAAAAGAAGAACCUAAGGACAGAGUUGACACGAUUCUGAUGGAGAAACGACCGGCUUCGGUUAAACCAAAGUUUAUCAUACGUCCACUCCCCGGUAACCAGCCCCCGAAGUAUUGCCCUAUGAUUGACGGCACCAAUCACAAAGUUGAAAGGUCAAUCUGGCUACACAUGUUUCGCUUCCUCGGCCACGGAGACCUCUGCCGUUGUUUAUGUGUUUGUAAGACGUGGAACAGGUGGUGUUACGAUGCCUCCCUUUGGCACACUAUCAAUCUUACUCAAGUACCGUUAAAUAAAUACGUGAUGGUGGGUGUCGUACGCCGACAACCUGUUUGCGUUGAUCUGAGUGGAUGCAAUAUAACCAAGCUGCAGCUAGCUUGGUUGAUCGUCCGUAUACCCGCACUGCGGGAACUGUACUUAGCCCGGACUCCCCUGCAGGCAGUAGCGGCACUGUGCUCGGCAAACUGUCCGCAGUUGCUGGUUCUCGAUCUUCAGUGGGUCUGCCUCAAGGACUCGCACCUCGCCACUUUGCUGUCCCCGAUCCGAGAGCACCGACCAGGAUUACUUGACGACUGCACCAAACUACAUAAGCUCCGAGAGUUGAGAUUGGCCGGUAGUGACAUCACAGAUGCCAGCAUGGAGCUUCUAGUUGAGCAGACACCAUACUUGGUGAAGUUGGACUUGAGCUACUGUGGGAAUAUCACCAAUCAUGGACUCUGUGCCUUGUUGAUAGAGGAAUCACCUUUGGUACACUCACUAACAGAACUGAAUGUAUCUGGGUGUCAUCAGCUAACUGACAUUACGUUGGUUAGUUUAGCCCAUUGCACUAGACUGCGGAAAGUCCUGGCUCUAUCUUGUGCACACCUUACUAAGGACACGUGGAAGGCUUGGGCUGUUGACAGCAACGUACAGCUUAUUCUGUAGUAAUUCUGUACCUACAUAGAUCGUAACUAUUCUGUCGCCUUCCCAAAAGUGACAGUGAAGGCUUAAUCUUGUGCACACCUUACUAAGGACAAAUGGAAGGCUUGGGCAGCUGACAGCAAUGUACAGCUUAUUCUGUAGUAAUUCUGUACACUACAGAUACCCCUUCCACAAAACUAUCAACAAUGAUGGCUCAAACUUACUAAGAAGUUGUGGAAGGCUUGGGAAGCUGAAAACAACAUACAUGCUUGUUCUGUAGUUAUUCUGUACACUACAGAAUUACAAUCUUCCCCAAAACUACUAACAGCGAUGGCUCAAACUUACUAAGAACACUUUGCCACAGCCGUAGCCGUAGUCGCUAAUGCGGAUACGGCCUUAUUCUGUAGUAAUUCUGUACCUAUAGAUAUGGUCACUAUCAUGUCACCUUCCCAAAAACUACUGACAGUGAAGGCUUAAUCUUGUGCACACCUUACUAAGGACAAAUGGAAGGCUUGGGCAGCUGACAACAACAUACAUCUUUCCCUGUAGUAUCUCGAUACCUACAGAGAUGGUAACUAUUCUCUCACUUCAAAACUACCGACAGUGAAGCUGUGCACACUUUACUAAGGACACAUGGAAGGCUUGGGCAGCUGACAGCAACAUACAGCUUAUUCUGUAGUAAUUCUGUACACAUCAAUGGUAACUAUUCUGUCACCUCAAAACUAACAACAAUGAAGCUGUACACACUUUACCAAGGACACAUAAUUCGAUACCUACAGCAUGUACAGAGAUCUCUUGCAUUCUUCACAUAUAGUGGAUGGAUUAGCGCCACUGAUGACAGAAUAUUGUCUCUCUGUCUACAGAGACUGGUCCCCAAACACCAGUAAACUUCACCACUAAACUUCACCAGCAAACUACAUUCAUAUCCACAUUCUGUAGACACAUAGAUGAUUAUGUGAAGCACAGCUCAUUCUGUAGUGUGUUCCUACUCAUACUAAUAUAACCUUUUGGACUCAACCAACUGAACUAAACUAAUGACGGUGAUUGUUCAACCGCGCCUUCAUUCUGUAGACGCAUUACAUUAUGAGAACGAGAAAUUGCACUAAAGACAGCACAGCUCAUUAUGUAGUAAGUGUGUACCUACUCAGACUAAUAUAUCCUCAUCGGACUCAAUCAACUGAAGUAAAGUCCAGUGUACUGACAGUGAUAUGGCUCAAUCGUGUCCUUAUUCUCUAGACACAAAUGAUUAUAACUAGAUGUACUGAAGACAAAGCACAGCUCAUUCUGUAGCAAGUGACUACACAAACUAUUUUAACAAUAUUAUCAAACUUAUACACACAUGGUGUUACCGCAAACCAAAUAUAUAUUUAUAGCUCACCAUGCAAUGCCUCAAAUCCUACAUAAUCAAACUCAAUCAACUGAAGUAAACUAGUGACUGUGAUGUAGACACGUAAAGUGUGUAAAUGCUUGUGAUUAUGAUAGAUUGUACUGCAGACAAAACACAGCUCAUUCUGUAGUGUGUUACUACUAAGGUAUACUCAUACACAUCAUGUAUUAAGAAUGCUACUAUUUUCUCAAGGAUUCAAAAGUGUUUCUGAUACAUGUAUGUCCCUUUAUUUCCUUUCUUCAGUUAUUCCCAAUGAGGAUGUACACAUUGUAACAAUUGUUUCAAACUGUCUGCACAAUUUAAUAAAACCUGAGCUAAUGCUAAUAAUGGUUAGCAGCUAUAAAUAAUAUACAAAAAUAAAAUCUCAAAGUUUGCAUUUUUAUGAACUCUAACAAUUAUUUAACCACUUUAUGAAA